AUGGUUCCUCAGUGGAUGCCUCAGAAUAUCCAGAAGAGGCUCCUCCUCUGUGUUUUGCAACAACUAUCUCUUUUUUCAGAAAUCGAUCUACCAAAUCUAGACGUGUCAUUGGGAUCAAGCAGUCAAGUGACAUUGACCGAUGUUGAAAUUGAUACAGAAGCCUUCAAAAUACCAGGUAUGCACCUAAGGAGUGGGAAAGUGAAGAACAUUAAGCUUGAACUUAACAUGACUGGGGGCGUCAACAUCGAAGGUGACGGUUUGGAUAUAACAGUUGCCCUGGACUCAUCGCCAUCAACUUUGCAUAAUCAUGAUCUGCAAAAGUCAUCUUUUUCACUUGCACAAAGUACGCUUGACCUUGCAAACAGCCUUAUGGUUGAUGUCAAUCUUGAAGAUGAUGAAACCUCUUCCCGAUCACUAUCUGAGCCUACAUCUGAAACAACACCAUUGUCACAGGGUCCAGCUGGUGACACUUCGAGGCUGAACACUAUGAUGGCAAAAGCAGUCGAAGCUGCUUUAGCAAGACUGCAUAUCGAUAUCAAAAAUAUUACUGUACGUGUCAUUAUGGAACACUCUACCGUUGAUUUGGAUAUUGAAAGAGUGGAUUUUUCUACAUUGGACGGAACUAGAACAGUAAAGACGUCUGGAAUCACUGUUGUUGCUGUUCGUCCAAAUGUUAAUCCUGGCAAGGGUGGUGAUGUAAGAGACGAAUCACAGGAUAGCUCAAAUGAUGAUCAGUCAAGCUCUGAAGAUGAGAACGAUGAUUGUUCUGAGAAUAUGAUGUCCUCAUCAAUACUUCCAAAUGACCUAAAUGAUAGUCUUGUUUAUUCCAAAGAAGAGGCGAGCUCCAUAUACAUGAGUGCAGCGUCAGAAGUUCUCCAAUCUAGACUCAAAACUAUUAAUAAUGGAGGAGCAAAACUUGUGUUUAUCAAUGAACUUAGUGCCACUUUUACUGGCAUAUCAAGUGUGGAAGACGUUAAUAUCAUUAUAGAUGAGGUUAAAAUCGCAGCGGUCCCAAUUCCCCUUACUCUGUUGAACAUCAUUGAAUCAUUUGGGGGUGCUUCGUCUUACAAUUCUUCUGGAAGACUGCCCAAAACUGAGUCAAAAUUCAAAGCAAAAGGUCAAUCAACUCAGCCUAAUGGCAAUCCACUCUUUAAGAACUUGCUUGUGCGGAAAGUUUUUCUCAAUUUGGAAUCUGCUCUCACUGAUCAUGGCUCAUUCGCCAAUGAUGAUGAAACUUCUCUUUGCAUACAGCAUUUCGAAGUGCAGUAUGUUAACCCAACACACUGCCAUGGCUUUUUGAACAAAAUCUUCAUAACAGAAGGUGAUGAAGUUGUUGGAGAAUUCGAGGAAGACUCUGAUAAGAACGAUUUAAGGUUUGAAUUAAUGGGUGAUGAUCUGACAGUACUUGUAUCGAAAAAACUACAACUUAAUCUUAAGUUGAAGCAUUUUCAAUCAGUGAUAAAUCUUUCUUCCUUGGCACCACAAAUCAGUGAAUCACUGGCUAAGCUCAAAAGCAAGAGACCUAUCAGGAAACAAGAGCCCGGUAAUAUUAUAGUGCAAACGUCGGCCAUUUCAUUGAAUCUCAAUCUUUCUGAUUCAUCGGGCAUUAGUUUGCAGGUGUCACCAUUAUCAUACACAUCCUCUAAUGGUGAACUAUCCAUUCAGAAAGUUGUUUUUUCGAGAAACUCAUCUGGUCAAGCUCAAAAUGUGCUCACCGUUGAGAACAUCAGGCUUCUCAGACACUUGAAUAAUAAGCAGAUACGCUCCUUUGACACAAAUGGUCAUGAGUCAUUCCUUAUGACACAAUUGUCCCUUGAAAUGAAAUCUAUAUCUCUUGUUAUUGCACUUUCUGACUUACAAGAAUUGAUUAACGAAUGCUCUAACUUUUCAAAACUAAUUGAAAUACCGGCUCCAGACAUUGUGUUUAAGGGAAAGAAAAAGGCUAGGACAUCGAGCAACGUGAUGUUCCAAUCUCGUCAACUCCUCAAAUUACUAGUAUCAGUGCACAGCGUAAACCUUCAGAUAAAGGAAGUUUCGCCUGUUUUUGGAGAUAUUAUUGGAGAGUUAAAGAAAAAUACAGUCCUUCUGCAUAAGGAUGGGAGUAUUCAGACUCAUAUAAUGACGGCCUCAAUUGAGAGGAAAUGUGCUGAUGCAAUAGACUAUCUCGUGUCUAUCAUUAACCCUGAUGAUCGAUCUACACCAAUGAUAUCAGCGAGAACAAAAAAUUUCAAAACCUUUCACACAUCGUUGAGGAACACUUGUAUUGAUUACCAUACGACGUGGCUCUCUAUGUUAAACGGUGGAAAGCAGGAUUCAUUGGCCAAUAGUGAAGGUAUUUCUGACUCGGAGAACAUCAAGCCAGAUUCUGAAUUUGAGAUAAAACUAAAUAUUUCUGAUUCUUCUAUCGGCUUGAACCCCGAGAGAUUAAAGUCCAAGGCAACACUGGUAAUACCAAGUGGUAACAUCGACAUUAUUGUGAUGCCAAAUGUCGUUGUUCGAUCUGAGUUAAGAAAUGCUUCAUUACUGCUUAUCGACGACAUUUCUAAUAUUGUAACUCAUGAGCUUGCACGAAGCACUCAGUCGAUGAGGUCAUCCUGGACGCAAGCUUCCUAUCUAAGCUCUCGUGGGCAUGUUUCAGUUGGUCAUAUCAAACAACUUUUGGUGAAUAUCCUUGUAAAGUUUCCGGUUGAUCCAUGGUCAAGUUCAUCUGUUGUUUUGGAUAUCAACUCCGAAUCUUUAGAUCUAAAUCUUUGUGCUGACUCAUCACAGUGUCUCAUGCAACUCUUGAGUGAUCUAAAACAACCCAUCAUAAUAAAGCCUGACCUCAAAUACAAAGUCAAUGGAAAUCAUGAAAUUAACGUGUUUGAAGGGAUUGAAAAUAACAUGUUCAUUAACAACAAUUUAUCGGAAACAACUGCUGGUAAAACUGAGGUGAAUACAGGCAACUCUAAUCCUGCUGAUGAUGAGCCCCUUGACUUUGUUGAAGGAUAUUAUGAGGGACCAGAUGAUAGUGCAUCUAAUAUUUUGGAGCAAGACUUGGAAAAUCUUGCUAUCAAUGAAACCGGUUUUAAAGUUGAUUCAAAAUCUGAAACAUCCGACUCCACAUUGUUGUUCAAUGAUAGUCACUUCAACUCUGGCUCUGUUGAUACAGUUAAAGGUCAUGAGUCUGGUUUUCCUGUGGUUGUAAUGGUGGAGAUCUCCAAGGUUACUAUCAAAAUUCACGACGGUUACGACUGGAAGUACACGAGAAAGACGAUCAGCAAUGCUGUCAAACGCCUUGAGAAGAAGGCAUUGGAACAACAGGAGUUGAAGAAAGUACAGCACACUCAAUCUGGUGAAGCACGAACUGAAACAACUUCUGACCAAGUUGUUGGCGAAACUGUCUUUGAUUCGAUUAUCGUAUCUCUACCAUUAUCGACGGAUCCUUCUAAGCUUACCCAGAUCAUCAAUAAGGAUAUAUCAAAUAAGGUUGAAGAUGACAGUCCACAUAUUGAUGUUGGAAAGAAGAGUAACAUUAAGAAACUAAAACUUCGCAGAACAAAACACCAUAAAGUGAUGGUUCAGUUGGAUCAUGUAAUGUGCAAUUUUACUGUUCUUUCUAAUAAGGAUCCUUUGAGCUGUUCAGAAAUUAUUGAUGACUUUGAUGUUCUCAACGAACUUGUUUUUGAAGUGAAGGAUUUUUCUGUCACUGACAACGUUCCAACUUCUACCUGGAACAAAUUUGUGACUUACUUAAAAGACUCAGACCGAGAAAAGGGAUCUAAAAUGUUGAAGGUCAAUAUGAAGACCGUAAGACCAGUUGUGUCUCUUGCUGCGACAGAAUUUAUUUUGAAUGUUAAUGUUCUUCCUUUGCGUCUGCACGUGGAUCAAGAUACUUUGGAAGUUUUGACACGUUUUGGAGAAUUCAAAGAUGCUCGUUUUGCCCUCAUAGAUGAGUAUGAGGAUAUACCUUACGUACAAAGGUUUGAUAUCAAUCCAGUUCACGUUGUUCUUGACUACAAGCCUAAAAAGGUUGACUAUGCGGGUUUAAAAUCAGGACAUACUACAGAAUUUAUGAAUUUCUUCAUAUUAGAUGGUGCAGAUAUGGUUUUGAAAAGUGUUACUCUAUACGGUAUAUCAGGGUUUUCUAAACUUGGAGUCGCACUCAAUGAUUUAUGGAUGCCAGAUAUCAAGUCUAACCAGUUAAGUGGUAUUUUGACUGGACUUGCUCCUGUUAGAUCCAUUGCUAAAAUUGGAAGUGGAAUCAAAGAUUUAGUUGUUGUACCUGCUAAUGAAUACAAGAAAGAUGGACGCUUGUAUAGAAGCAUUAGUAAGGGUGUCCAACAAUUUACAAAAACCACUACGAGUGAAGUUUUGAAAUUUGGAGUUAAACUUGCAGCUGGCACUCAACAGAUUCUAGAGAAUGCUGAAGAGGCUUUAGGGGGGACUGGAUCAGCUGCUAGGGUGCCUAUUGCUCAGGAUGAAGCUCAUGGUAAUAAUGAUGACUAUCAUGACGAUGACAGCGACCUUGAAUAUGAAGAUGUACGUAAUUUCGGUCAAAGUUCACAGCUCAUAGGCAGAGGUUCUGCUGCUCCCCUGCAACGUUCAGUGUACCAGCCAACACUGGAAUCUAUCGUCGAUAUCAAUCCUGUUGUGUCUCUUUCACCUAGAUCACGCUAUAGAAAGGGUUCUUUUGCGAGAACGCAGGGCUAUGAUGGUGAUGAAAGUGGUGGAGCCUAUAAUGUUGAUGAUGAGGAAAUAUAUGGAGAGGAGAGACCAAAAACUGUGAGUCUUUAUGCUGAACAGCCUGCAAAUUUGAAGGAGGGCUUCUUUUUGGCAUAUGACAGUUUUGGUCGUAAUUUACUUGUUGCUAAAGAAGCUAUUAUUAAUGCUGGCACUGAGAUCAGCGAAAGUGGAAGUGCCCAUGAUACUACAAUGGCUGUUCUAAGAGCUACUCCUGUUGUUCUUCUUCGCCCUGUAAUUGGAGCUACAGAGGCAGCAUCAAGAGCUUUACUAGGGUUUAACAACCAGCUAGACCCAGGCCAGCGGGAUUACACGAAGGACAAGUACAAAGGAAUUAAAAAAUAG